AUGAAGCCUGGCCCCCGGCCCUUCAUCUGUGGUGACUGUGGUCAGAGCUUCAAACAGAGCACCACUCUCAUCCAGCAUUGCCGCACCCACAGCGGUGAGAGGCCAUAUAGCUGCGCUGAGUGUGGCAAGACCUUCACUCACAAGUCUGCCCUCACCCAGCACCGCAGUGUGCACAGCACUAAGUCCUUCACCUGCAGGGACUGUGGCAAGAGCUUCAAACACAGCUCCAGUCUCACCAUCCACCGCCGCAUCCACACUGGAGAGCAUCUGUUCCCCUGUGCUGAGUGCGGCAAGAGCUUCACCACGAGCACUCUAUAUAUCCGGCACCAACUCAUCCACAGCGGUGAGAAGCCCUACAGCUGUGCCGACUGUGGCAAGAGCUUCACCGAGAGGGGUAACCUCAGCCUGCACCGUCGUGUGCACACUGGCAAGUCAUUCAGCUGUGCUGAGUGCGGCAAGGCCUUCAGACAUAGGAGCAUGCUCAUUCACCACCGUCGCACCCACACCGGUGAGAAGCAUUUCACCUGUGUAGACUGUGGGAGGAGCUUCAGAGACAGGCGCCAGCUCAUUGUUCACCGCCGCACCCACACCGGUGAGAGACCGUUCACCUGUGCUGACUGUGGCACGAGCUUCAGUCAAAGGGGCCAUCUCAUUGGUCACCAUCGCACUCACACCGGUGAGAAACCUUUCACCUGUGCUGAUUGUGGGAAGAGCUUCAGCCGCAGUGAUCAUCUCCUUGGUCACCGCCGCACCCACACAGUUGAGAAGCCGUUCACCUGUGCUGACUGUGGCAAGAGCUUCAGCCGCAGGGAACAACCGAUUGUUCACCACCGCACCCACACCGGUGAGAAACCUUUCACCUGUGCUGACUGUGACAAGAGCUUCAGAGACAGGGGCUCUCUCAUUGUUCACUGGCACACCCACACCGAUGAGAGACCGUUCACCUGUGCUGACUGUGGCAAGAGGUUCAGCCGUAGUGAUCAUCUCAUUUCUCACCGCCGCACCCACACUGGUGAGAAGCCGUACACCUGUGCUGACUGUGGCAAGAGCUUCAGCCACAGGCACAAUCUCAUUUCCCACCGCCGCACCCACACCGGUGAGAGGCCCUUCGCUUGUGCUGAUUGCGGUAAAAGCUUCACCCAGAAGGGAUCCCUCAACAAGCACCGCUGCACCCACAGCAGAGAGUAG